GCAACACAAUCCCACGCAUGUGUUUGUUGGUGUUUUCUCGAGCGGAAAGUGUCAACUUUUUACGUGGAACCAAUUUUCUAAAAACGUUGAAUUUUGUUUUAUUGCAACUAGAAUUUUACCACCCUAUUAUUAGGACAUAUUUUAGUUUGGACAGCAUAAUCUUGAAGCCCAAUCAACGAGAUGCCUCUGCUGGCUUUCGUCGCGCGAAGCCGCUUGCAGUUGGUGUCCAAAGCCGUACGGUCAUCAUCAUCUUCUCGGCAAAUGUCCACUGAACCCAGACAGGAUCACCUUCGCAUCGGCUCCCAUGAUGUGCAUUUCGUGGAGGCUGGACAGGGCAGCAGGGGCUUAAUUCUGUUGCCCGGUGCGCUCGGAACUGCUUGGACCGAUUUUAAGCCCCAAAUCGAGAAGCUUCCUACGUUGUUACCGCAGCACAAACUGAUUGCAUGGGAUCCGCCGGGAUACGGUAAAUCCCGACCGCCCGAAAAACGUUUCUCGCUGGACUUCUUCGAGCAGGAUGCGGCCGCCGCCCACGAGCUCAUGCAAAAGCUGGGAUUCGAUCGGUACAGCAUCGCGGGCUGGAGCGAUGGGGGCAUCACGGGAAUGAUACAAGCUGCCAAUCAUCCCGACCGAGUGGAGAAGCUCAUCAUCUGGGGCUCGAACUCUUACAUCUCGGAUGCUGAAACGAAGAUAUAUGAAGAUAUUCGGGAUGUAAGCAAGUGGUCGGCAAGAAUGCGUGAACCGAUGGAGAAGGUGUACGGCGUGGAAUACUUUCCGAAGCUUUGGUCAGCGUGGGUUGAUGGUCUUUUACAGAUUCAUAAAGAAUGCGAGGGAGACAUUUGUAGCAGAAAGCUAAGCAAGAUUAAGGCUCCCACACUCAUCGUACACGGAGCCAAAGAUCCGAUGAUCAUCCCGGAACAUGUGCCUUAUCUGUUGAACAACAUCAAGAACUCAGACAUUCAUGUGUUCCCCGAGGGAAAACAUAACAUCCACCUGCGCUUUGCGGAUGAGUUCAACAAGCUGUUGAACGGAAAGGAUUGUGCGCCAAGUGUUGGUCUUCGUGGCUCGGAAGGUGGAAUAGGGUACGGCGGAUCGUCCGAUCGUACCAAAAAGCCCUUUUCGAGACCCUUCAACAAGUCUCGGCUUGAGACGUCAACAACAAGUACGGUCGUUCCGUCUGGUGUACCGGGGACGGGACCACCGAUUGUUGGCAAGAUGGCAUCCAGCAGUAGUAGCGGUGGAACCGGUCCUAGUACCGCCGACACGAGUGCCCUGAUGCGGCAGAACAAUGAACUACGCCAUCGGCUCCAGGAGGAAGCUAACAACUAUCGACGGCGAUUGGACACCUACAAACAAGCGCAAAACAAUCAAGCCGCAUUGGUCAGCCGUCUGCAGGCCAAGGUGAUCUACAGGGGCUGUCCAACGGCUCUCUAGUCUCGGUAACGAGUUGUUGGUAAAUAUCAGUUAAA